CUGAGAAAGAGAGAGGCUGUGUCUCAACACCUAGUGAGCUGCCUGCCUGCCUACCUGGCCACUGGCCAGCACUUUUGGUUAUCGUUGGCGCGUUAUUCAGUGGUAGCCUACUGUGAUGGGAAGUCUGAUUAAUUUUCGCGAAUCCGUUUUCGACUCAUCACUAACCGGACAAAUCUCGGUUCACAGUUCGAGUUCACUAUAAGGUUUUAGAUUCAGCCCGAUUUGUGAACGCAUAGCUCUGGUUUUGUGAAUCGGCUCAACUGAUUCAUUUCAAUUCAUGUAGGGCCUACGUAUUUGUUACUACUUUUUUUUCGUAUAUUAAGUGUUUUUGUGGUAGUUUUAAUUUUUUAAUGUAGGCUGUAGGCUCGUGUCAGACUGUUUUCGUUGCCAUGACAGGUUUUAGGCAAUAAAAUAAAAAAAAAAUAAUAAUAAAAAAAAAAAUAAUACUUAAACUGAAAAACCAUGGAGAUCACCGUUUCUGUUUUUGAACAGAACGCGCGUUCAUGAACGCUCUGUAGGCGGGGUCGAGCAAGUGAGCUGCCUACCUAGAAAGCACUUCUGCCUUUUGUUUUAGUGUGCUCACUCACUAGGUUUCAAGACACAGCCAGUGUUUAAACGCGUUUGUAUCACUUUCACUUGUCAUUUAACAAUAAAUCCACACACUUGUUCUUUCUCUUCUUAUUUUCUUGUAGCCUUUUCAAAUUAUUAUCAGCAAGAUCCAUAACAACGUGUCUGAUAGAUGGGCGGAAAAACAGAGCAAUAAUAUUUCCGGGUGUUUGAAUAGGGGGAACCCCGUGGUGUUUUUCUACCGUGGGUAUACCACGAAAAAGUCAAAAGCUAUCAAUAUGUCAUCAUAACGUGCUGUUGGUACAGACGGUUCAUUUAAAACUUCAAUGGCUUCAGGAUCAGCUGCUUCAGACCCGUCGUUAAACGGGGUUUCGUCCACACCGGGUGAGAACGAGUACCCGUCGGGUUUCCCUCAGAGCAUCUGCGAUGAGGUCCCCAAAGAGAAGUACUUGUGCAGCAACUGUAACAAUGUGUUGAAUAAAGCGCGUCAAACGGUGUGCGGUCACCGCUACUGCCUCGCGUGCGUCAACUGGCUGGUAAGAAACAACAAGGACCUUGUGUGCACAAAAUGUAAAGAAGAGGAUCCCAGUGUUGAGAGCGACACUAGUGUACUGACUCUUGACCAAUUCUUCAAUGAUGCGGCUAUCAAUAAAGAAAUUUUGGAUCUGAAAGUUCACUGUGCUAACCAAGGCUGCCCCUGGAGAAGCACCCUGAAGAACUUUGAGGACCAUCAGAGUCAGUGUGAGUAUGCCCUGAUCCCUUGCAAUAUUGGCUGUGGCAUAAUGGUCCAGAGGAAGACGCUGGCCACGCAUCUGGAGAGGGGCUGUCCCAACAACAAGACCACAUGUCCCUCUUGUGCCGGUGUCCUGACACCGAGAGAACUCCAGAAACAUGUAUGUUCCAGUUCAAGCGACAAGAAGACGGCAAAGGCAGAUAAACGGCAAAAGAAUAAUCACUCGGGCAGCUCAAAAAAGAAAGAGCCAUGCGUUUUCUCAGAAGUUGGUUGUCCAUUUAAGGGUAAUGCAGACAAAGUAAAAGAACAUGAGUCCUGCAGCCAUGUGGGCCAUCUACAGCUUCUCUUGGAUGUGACCAGGGCUCUUCAGCGUACCUUGAGUUCCCCAGCUGAACGAGGCCACCACGAAAGCCCUGAUUUUCUUCAGCCUGGACUGUGUGGCGCGUCCCUCUCUUCUCCGAUUGAGGGUGAGAUUGAGACCGACGGAGGAGAUCCAGGAGUGAGUGAUAAGGCCUUCAGCCUCCACGAUGAUCAGGUUGAACUUGCCGUAGGCCAGCAACUGGACGCCCUACAGCAGAGAGUGCAGGUUAUGGAGAACAUCAUCUCAGCUUUGAACCGAGAGGUGGAGAAGACGCAGCUCAGUGUUGUUGCACUGGAGAGGGACAAUUACAACAGUCAGCAGAUCAUUCAGCACUUAGAAACCAAGAUAGCCGAGCAGCAGCAGAGGCUGGCCAGGAAAGACAUUCACAUCACUUCAUUGCAGCAGUGUAUCAGUGCCCAGCAGGACGUCUCAUAUGAUGGCACCUUUCUCUGGCGGUUGUGUGAUGUCAGCCAGAAACUGAGAGAGGCUGCCAGCGGCCACAAGAUCAGUCAGUACUCGCCAGCUUUCUACACUGCCAGGUAUGGAUUUAAAGUCUGCAUGCGGCUCUAUUUGAACGGAGAUGGGGUUGGAAAGGGAACGCACAUCUCUCUUUUCUUUGUUAUAAUGAAAGGAGAAUAUGACCCCAUUCUUUCAUGGCCAUUCAGACACAAGGUAACGUUCUUUCUCAUAGAUCAGAACCAGAGGGAGCAUGUCAUCGACGCUUUCCGUCCCGACCUCUCCUCUGCAUCUUUCCACCGGCCCGUCUCAGAGAUGAAUGUUGCCAGCGGGUGCCCACUGUUCUUCCCUCUGGGGAAAUUGAGGUCGCCUAAGCACGCCUACUGCAAGGAUGACACGAUCUAUAUCAAGUGCGUGGUGGACAUCUCCUCUUGAACCGUAAAGGCCUGGUUGUUAAGGAGGACUGGAUACAUAAGGGAGUAUAAGACAGUGGAUUUGGAUAACAUGAAUAUGGAGUGCAGAAUAACAAACCCAGAAAUAUUCAUGAACUCGUUGCAUUUUGCUUCUUUUGGUACAUGGAUAAAAGCUCUUUAUGUUUUAAACAAUAAUUGUUUUUUGAGUUAUUUUGGAUAUAUUUCUUUUUUAUUUAUUAUGGAAUGAACUAGAUUUUGAAUAUCAUCCUGACAGUUUUCAUAUUGCAUAUGUAAUAAUAAAUAAAAUGCGUUUGCUACCUUG